ACAGGUGACAGCGACAGACAGCGAUCAGCGAUGACAAAAAUAAACAAUUUUAACCUUGUUACUUGCUGCCAAAAAACAUUCUAAGAUUUUUAACUAUAAUUUUAAUAAAUUGGAACUUAAUAAUGUAUAGUCUCGUUUAUGGUUUUUAUAAAUAUAUAUCCCAGAAAGAUGAAUAUUGCGUAUUGAUCUUAGGACUUGACAAUGCUGGUAAAACUACCUAUUUGGAAGCUGCCAAAACAAAACUGACAAAAAACUAUAAAGGAAUUCAUCCAUCCAAAGUAACUACUACUGUUGGACUAAAUAUUGGAAAAAUAGAUAUUGGUAGUGUCCAAUUAAAUUUUUGGGAUCUUGGUGGUCAAAGUGAAUUACAGUCUUUAUGGGACAAAUAUUAUGAGGAGUCACAUGCAAUUAUUUAUAUAGUUGAUUCUUCAGAUAGAGAUAGAAUUGAUGAAUCUAAAGAUAUAUUUGACAAAAUGAUAGCAAAUGAAAAUCUACAAGGCGUACCUCUUUUAGUAUUAGCAAAUAAACAAGAUCUUCCAGAUUGUAUGGGUGUUAGAGAAGUAAAACCAAUUUUUAAUAAAAAUGCUCAUCUAAUUGGGAAAAGGGAUUGUAUGGUGAUGCCAGUAUCAGCUUUAACAGGUGAAGGCGUUGAUGAAGGUAUUAGAUGGUUAGUUGACUGCAUUAAAAGAAACUCAUUUGUUAGACCUCCACGAAACAGUGAUGAAACUUAAAAAAACUUCAUAUUUUUAUGAAUUUAAUAAGUAUACCUCCAUCAUGUAUGAUAUAGGGGACAAUAUUGUUAUUUCCAAUGGAAAUAAUAUUAAAAAGACUAAUAAAAUAUAAGAGAUUAAAUAAAAUGAUUUUAUGUAAAAUAAUACCUCUCCAUGUAUAAUUUUGUACCUCUCUAAUUUAUUUACAAACCAUGUGUUUUAUUUUAAAUAGGUAGCUUAAUAUAAAUUUAUAUUAUAAACUA